AUGACCGGCUUGACAGGAGAUGAUUCCGAUGAUUACUAUCUAAACCCUAACCAAGACGAGGAAUCUUUGCUUAGAUCCAGACACAGUGUCGGUUCGGGAGCACCUCAUAGACAAGGUUCUUUAGUGCGGCCUGAAAGAAGUCGACUGAACAAUCCUGACAAUCCGCAUUUUUAUUAUGCGCAAAAGACACAGGAACAGAUGAACCAUUUGAAUGUGUUGCCAUCAAGUACCGGUGUCGAUCCGAAUACGAUCCGUCGAGGCGGCUCGCUGCGCUCUAAAGGAUCAGUGAGAAGCAAAGUCAGCGGCCACGAAAUGGAUGGCUACCCGUUACAAGACAUGAACACUACUGAAAGGAAAGAUUCAGUCAAAAUCAGUGAUGAAGGUGAGGUUGAUGAUGAGUUUGGCAAAGAUGGCGAAGAAUAUGAAGUCGAUAAUUUCGAAGAAAGCUCCAUGCGGCCUGUAAAAAAGCCUAUAAAACCGUUAAGGAAAGAUACGGACGAUUCAUUGUCAUUUUGGCAGAUGUAUUGUUAUUUUAUUACAUUUUGGGCACCUGCUCCUAUUCUUUCCUUGUGUGGAAUGCCCAAAAAGGAAAGACAGAUGGCAUGGAGGGAGAAAGUUGCCUUGAUCUCUGUCAUUUUGUACAUUGGUGCAAUCGUUGCCUUUGUGACUUUUGGUUUUACCAAGACAGUUUGUAGCAGCUCUAAGUUACGUUUGAAAAACAACGAAGUAUCUACGGAAUUCGUGGUCAUUAACGGUAAGGCGUACGAUCUGAACACUUCUUCGCGUUCUGGUAUACAGGACGUUGAAGUGGACUCGAAUACCCUAUAUGGGCCUUGGUCGGAUGCUGGUAAAGACGCCUCAUUUUUGUUUCAAAAUGUUAAUGGUAACUGUCACGAUCUUAUAACCCCAAAGAGCAACUCUUCUAUUCCUCAUGAUGACGACAAUAAUUUAGCAUGGUAUUUCCCAUGUAGGUUGAAAAAUCAAGAUGGCUCCUCAAAACCAAAUUUUACAGUCGAAAACUACGCAGGGUGGAAUUGCCAUACUUCUAAAGAUGAUAGAGAUUCCUUUUAUGGUUUGAAGUCAAAGGCAGACGUUUACUUCACUUGGGAUGGUAUAAAGAACUCCUCAAGAAAUCUAAUUGUUUACAACGGUGACGUUUUAGAUCUAGAUAUUCUUGACUGGUUGGAAAAGGAUGAGCUCGACUACCCCAUUGUAUUUGAUGACCUGAAAACUUCAAAUUUACAAGGUUAUGAUCUCUCAUUGAUCUUAUCCAAUGGACACGAAAGAAAAGUUGCUAGAUGUUUAAGUGAAAUUAUCAAAGUUGGUGAAGUGGAUUCUAAAACUGUUGGUUGUAUUGCGUCUGAUGUUGUCCUGUAUGUUUCUCUAGUGUUCAUCCUUUCAGUGGUGAUAAUCAAAUUUCUAAUUGCCUGCUACUUCCGUUGGACUGUGGCUAGGAAACAAGGUGCAUACAUUGUGGAUAAUAAAACAAUGGAUAAACAUACAAACGACAUUGAGGACUGGUCUAAUAAUAUUCAAACACAAGCUCCCUUAAAGGAAGUCGAUCCUCAUUUGAGGCCGAUGAAAUACUCUAAAAAGUCAUUGAUGCACAAGCGUGCUUCAACUUUUGACUUGUUGAAAAAGCACAGUUCUAAAAUGCUCCAACUGAAUGAAUCUGUAAUAGACUUGAACACCCCAAUGAGCAGCUCGUUACAAUCGUCUGGUUCAUUCAGAGGAAUGACAACAAUGACUACGCAAAAUGCCUGGAAAUUGUCUACUGCAAAUAAAGCCACACAUUCUCGUAAUCCCUCCACUCUGUUACCCACAUCUUCCAUGUUUUGGAACAAAGCUACUUCAUCUCCUGUACCAGGAACAUCGCUAAUUCAAAGUCUUGAUUCAACGAUUAUACACCCGGAUAUUGUUCAACAACCACCAAUGGACUUCAUGCCAUACGGGUAUCCAUUAAUUCAUACCAUUUGCUUUGUGACAUGUUAUUCAGAAGAUGAGGAAGGUCUGAGAACGACUCUAGAUUCUUUGUCUACUACUGACUAUCCCAAUUCUCAUAAAUUAUUGAUGGUUGUUUGUGAUGGUUUGAUUAAGGGUUCGGGCAAUGAUAAGACUACCCCAGAGAUAGCAUUAGGAAUGAUGGAUGACUUUGUCACUCCACCGGACGAAGUUGAGCCCUACUCGUAUGUGGCUGUUGCUUCCGGUUCUAAGAGACACAAUAUGGCCAAAAUUUAUGCGGGAUUUUACAAAUAUAACGAUUCCACUGUUUCACCGGAAAAUCAGCAACGUGUUCCUAUGAUCACAAUCGUGAAAUGUGGUACUCCGGCAGAACAAGGGUCCGCCAAACCUGGUAAUAGAGGUAAGCGUGAUUCUCAGAUUAUUUUAAUGUCGUUUUUAGAAAAGAUUACAUUUGAUGAAAGAAUGACACAAUUGGAAUUCCAGCUUUUAAAAAAUAUCUGGCAGAUUACAGGGUUAAUGGCCGACUUUUAUGAAACAGUGCUUAUGGUUGAUGCUGAUACCAAAGUCUUUCCCGAUGCUGUGACUCACAUGGUUGCCGAAAUGGUUAAAGAUCCGUUAAUAAUGGGCCUCUGCGGUGAGACGAAGAUUGCUAAUAAGGCGCAGUCUUGGGUAACCGCAAUUCAGGUUUUUGAAUAUUAUAUAUCGCAUCAUCAAGCUAAGGCAUUUGAAUCUGUCUUUGGUUCGGUGACUUGUUUGCCUGGUUGUUUUUCAAUGUAUCGUAUUAAAUCUCCUAAAGGUUCAGAUGGUUAUUGGGUCCCUGUAUUGGCAAACCCAGAUAUUGUUGAGAGAUAUUCUGAUAAUGUUACCAACACUCUACACAAAAAAAACUUAUUAUUACUAGGUGAAGAUAGAUUUUUAUCAUCUUUGAUGUUGAGGACUUUCCCCAAGAGAAAGCAAGUGUUUGUUCCAAAAGCUGCGUGUAAAACUAUUGCUCCUGAUGAAUUCAAGGUUCUACUUUCUCAACGCCGUAGAUGGAUCAACUCCACCGUGCACAACCUUUUUGAGUUGGUUUUGAUUAGAGAUUUAUGUGGUACUUUUUGUUUUUCGAUGCAAUUUGUGAUCGGGAUUGAAUUGAUUGGUACUUUGGUGCUGCCUUUAGCUAUUUGCUUUACAAUUUACGUCGUCAUUUUUGCCAUUGUCUCUAGACCUACUCCUAUCAUUACUCUAGUCUUACUAGCGAUUAUCCUUGGUUUGCCCGGUUUGAUUGUCGUUGUCACUGCUACAAGAUGGUCGUACCUAGGGUGGAUGUGCGUGUAUAUUUGUGCUUUACCUAUUUGGAAUUUUUUGCUACCUUCAUAUGCGUAUUGGAAAUUCGACGAUUUCUCAUGGGGUGAUACAAGAACCAUCGCUGGUGGGAAUAAGAAAGCACAAGACGAAAAUGAAGGUGAAUUCGAUCACUCGAAGAUUAAAAUGAGGACUUGGCGAGAAUUUGAAAGAGAAGAGAUUCUCAGCCGAAAGGAGGAAGCUGGCUCCUUGAUUGCAUAG